AUGCCUCCAAAACGCCGCUCCGACGCCAUAUCUCGCGACGACCCUCCCUCCGCUUCCGCAUCAGAAUCGGACGACAAUGAACCACAAACCCAAGCACGACGCGUACGUCAACGCUCCUCAUCAACCACAUCCGCCGCAUCCAGCAUCUCCUCCUCGGCCGCCGCCUCAGACUCGCACACCACGAACUCCGAGUCCACGCUAGUCAAGAAACUCGUCCGUCUGGCGCUGUCGACCGAGUACGCGCGUACGCCGCUCCGACGCAGCGACAUAUCCGCCAAGGUCUUCAAGGACUCGAACGCGCACGGCCGGUCCUUCAAGAAUGUAUUCGCCUCCGCGCAGCGCACGCUGAGAGACACAUUCGGCAUGCAAUUGGUGGAACUCCCCUCGAAAGAGAAGACCAGCCUCAAAGACCGACGGAACCAGGCCACGCAGACGUCGAAAACGUCCAACAACACCACAUCUUCCAAAUCAUGGAUCCUUCUCUCGACGUUGCCGACCGCCCUAAAAAACGACCCGGUCAUAGUCCAGCCCACAAGAGCGCCGACUCUGGAAACCGAAGCAAGCUACACGGCGAUGUACACGUUCGUUCUCGCGCUGAUUUAUCUGAACAACAAGGCCUUGACGGACCAGAAGUUGAAUAGAUACCUCAAAAGGGUGAACGCGGAUACAUAUACCCCCUUCGGCGCGCUGGAGAAAUUGCUACAACGCAUGGUCAGGGAAGGGUAUGUCGAAAAGCGCCGAGAUACGAGUUUGGGUGAGGAGGUGAUGGAAUGGGUGCCCGGGCCCAGGGGCAAGAUUGAGGUUGGAGUCAACGGUGUAGCCGGGCUGGUAAGGAGUGUAUACGGAUAUGGAGCUGUGGAUUUGGGUCUGGAAGAGCUGCCGGACCGUCGUGGGCAGGGUGGGGGUGAUGAGGACGAUGAAGGCGAAGGGGAACAGCCGCAGAGGCGGAGGGUUGUCAAGAUCGAGGAGGACGAGUUGAAUGCGAAGCUUUCGCGGAGUUUGGGAAUCAAGGUCGGUGGGGACGAGGCAGGGACCGAUCGUGAGCAAGAAAUCGACGAUCAAGCCGUCGAGGAAGAACAGGUUGAAGCAGGAUCGUCACGCCGAGGCCAAGCACAGAGAAGCAGAGGGAGGCCGAGACGGACGGCCAGGGAUGACGAUGAGGAUUAA